AUGGCUCUCACUUGCACCGACAUUCCAAAGUUCUUGUGUGCGAUUCUUUUGCCGCCACUCGGUGUGUUCUUCGAGACUGGAUGUGACUACCAUUUGGCCAUCUGCAUCUUGCUCACAAUUCUCGGAUAUAUUCCAGGAAUCAUCUACGCGUGCUACGUCAUCGUCGAUCAAUAA